AUAGGGACAUUUUGGUUUUUCAUGUAUGUGUGUGUUUGCAUUAAUAGUUCAUAUUUUGUCUAUACCUGUCGUUGCAAUAGUAAAACUACGAUAUAUAGAAAAUGAAUAAACAUAAAAAUCGAGAAGACUUAUACUUUAUAAUGUUCAGAUGAAUAUUAUAAAAAAGUUAGAUACUGUGUACUCUUUAAUGUUUCGUUUUAUAUGAUACAGAAGAGUUAUACCUCAUAAAACAUAAAAUAUUGAAUCUACAAGAGGUUAAACGUGAUUAUGGCUGAAGGAAAGGAGGACUUUGAUGUUAAUGAAGUUUUUGAAAAAUUGUUAUUUGCUGAAGACAAAGCACAAGAAUCUGCUUAUGCGGAUGGGUAUGAAAGUGGAAGAAAUAAAUUAUUAAAAGGAUAUCAUCUCGGAUAUCAUAGAGCAACUAUAGUCGCUGCACAAUUAGGUUAUUAUUGUGGUGUUUUAGAACAAUACUUACAAAGUAAUAAUACAACAAAUGAAAAAAUAAUAUCUUUGGCUAAAGAAAUUUUAACUAAUAUUUAUAGUUUUCCUAAACACAAUGAUGAAACUAUCGAUAUUUUAAAGACAUUGGAUGAUAUUAAAUACAAAUAUUUUAAAUUUUGUUCUUUAGCUAAAUUAAAACGCGUACAUCCAGAAAUUAACUUUCUUGAUUAUUAAAUCAAUUCUAUUGAUUUAUAUAUAUAUAUUU